ACGGUAGUUCAAUCGACCAGCAAAAGGUACAAUGGUUGUAAUUUGCUUUUUGUUUUGGAAAAAAAAAUUGACAGCUCAGUUUGUGACGUCAACCCUUAUUGACUGCCUGACGGAAAAGUUUGUUGUUUGUUAAAACCUCGACCAAAAUCGAUUAUUUUCGUGAAAUUGUGAUAUUAUUUUGAUAUGCUAUGUGUUUUGUUUUUGGGUAUAUUAGCUAAAAGUUAUUAUUGCAACUAAAAAUUUUAUGUUACUUAACGAACCAAUUACUAUAACAUUGCAUAAUGGCUCAUAAAGAGGAUGAACCUUUCCAAGAAGACGAGGUUUACAUAAAUCCUGAAGAUGGUAUGCCGAACGUACAUCCUAACAUUGCUAAUUUAGAACAAGAAAGCGAUGGCCCCGAUGAAGUGGAUGACUUCGAUGACUUGCCUAAGUCUGUUAUUGUUACCAACAUCCACAGUGAUGUUUUCGCUGACGAAAAACUGAAGAAAGACUUGGAAGAUCUUUUCCGUACAUUUUCCGAAAAUACUACUUUUCAGUGGUUACGCAGUUUUCGGCGUCUGCGAGUGAAUUACGACAGUCCAUUAGCCGCGGCUAACGCUAGAGUCCAGCUGCACCAGUAUCAGUUUCAUAACUCGUGCAUAAAUUGUUACUUCACUCAACCAGUAACACCUGUGUCUAUAAAGAAUCUACGACCUCCAGCGCCAGUAAAACAGUUUCUUAUUUCUCCACCCUCAAGUCCACCAGUGGGAUGGGAGCCAAGAGAAGAAGGUGAACCAUUAGUGAACCAUGACCUGUUGGCGGCAUUGGCUAGUUUGUCCCCAGGGGAGAGCCACGAACUUCAUGCACCAACACCAACUCAGCCAGCCAUCAUUGUCCAUACUGCCUUAUCUACUGAAAAUGGCCCCUCCACUCAUGGUUGCUCCAUUGCACAUACUCGUUGUCCGGAUUAUUGAUAUGCAUUUUUUAUUUAUAUUAUGAAGAAAAGGAGUAGGUAUGUAAGCUUUUUUUUAACAUGUCAAUUUGGUAAGCUAUGAUGCCAAAGACAUCCAGUAGAAUGCUGAUAAACCAAAUAUUUCCUUUCAUGGAACAAUAUCAUUAUAAUAUGUAGGCUUUUUGUUGUUGAUUAGAUUAGGUAUGCAUUUAGUUUACUUGAUUUAUUUAGUAUUUAAAUUGGUGCUAUAUUUUAUCAUAAAAAAUAUUAAAAUAGGAAAUGCUUGUGUUUUGGCAUUUUCACAUUGCAUAUACACAUUUAUUGUUUUGAAAUUCAUGGCAUCUUAAUUUGAGCAGCUCAAUAAAAAAAAUGAUGUCAUCAUAAUGAUUAGAAAUCAGGUAAGUAAAUAUGAUUUCUCAAAAAUCCUGAUUUCAAUUAUAAUUUAUGUUGAAGGAUGAAGCUUACACAAAAUGGGUUUAAAGAAAAUUUCAGAUUGCUAGCAAAAAUAUAGUUAUUUAAAUCUCAAAAGGAAAUUCUUGCAUUAUCAUCAAUAGAAAAAGAAACAGUAGUUGCAUAUGCCAGUUUGGGGAUUAUGGAUCUGAUAUUUAAACUUAAGUUUAAUAAAUUACAGUAACAUAUCAAGCAAGAUAGCUUCAUAUUUCAGAUAUACUUUUCAUAUUUUGAGCAGUUGUUCCAUGACAUAACUAAUAGAUUACAGUAUCUUCCCUUUCUGCCAAAACCUAAAAUAAUAAAAAAUAAUGCCAUCCCAAGCUAUUAAAACAUGUAAUAUUACCUAAUCCACAUUGUAUAAUGGGGAACUGGAAAUAUUCUUUACUCUUAGGCAUUGCUUCAUUUUGCUGAUUUUAAGAGUCUAUUUCAAACCAGGUACUAACUUACAAAUGUUUUAUCAAUCUGUGGGCAAUUAGUUUAGGCAGAGUAUCAAGUAUUUGUAUAACUUUUAGAAGUUUUCUUAAAAAACUUAAUAUAAAAGAGUGAUAUAUGAGGGUACUAUUUACUCCGUGACUAUUUUCCUCAAAGUAUAUCACACAAAUCUGUGAGACAAUACCUUUUACUAUUUGUGUAUUAGAAAUUUGUCAAGAUAAUUUAAAAUACGUAUAUAUAUAUAUAUAUAAAACAAGGAUAAAAUGAUAACUUGUGGCAAACAUUAAUAUAUAUGUAUAUAAUAAUUGCUAACUAAUUUUGUCAUAAAGACUUUGAUAGGUGUUUAAGAAAUAGUUACUCUGCCUAUUCUGUUCUGGCCUGAUCACUCUUGUUUCUUUAUGAAACAAAUUGGAUAUUGAUGUAACUCCUUGUUAUUUAUAUUUUCGAAAAAUAAAUCUAGAUACUUAAAUUUGUAGUUAAAAUACUAAUUCAGGUUUAAGGUAAUGUAGUUGAAGAUUGUUUUGUAUCAAUAGCAUUUAACCAGCGAUUGUGAAACAGGGCCUUUUAUACAUAAAUAUUCCUUUUUAUUUAUAUAUCUUAUUUGUCCAAAAUUAUUUAAGUAAGUAUAUUUUUUUAUGACAAACAUUGAAUUUCUAAAGGUAAUUGCUACCAUACCUAGAGUUUUGUGAUAUUGAACCUAAUUAAAUUUGUCACCUAGAAUUGUUAAAAAAUGUAAAUAAUAAAUUAUUUUUGCAAUAAGCAAAAUUAGUGUAAAUUGAGAUUGUUUUGGAGAUUAGAAGCAGAGAGGACUUGUAGUUUGUCAUUAUUCUCUUCUAGUCUGCGCCAUAUUUCGGUCACAAUUGGGCAUAUCAGAGUAUAGUAUAGUAAGAACCAAAUAAUUGAUUUUCUUUAAAUUUCAGUUCCUAUUUUGAAGAUCUUGCCUAAAGAGUGUCCAAACUAUUGGCAGUUAUACUAAUACACCCCUUCAAUAUUAUGCUCAAUUGGAAGACGAACAAAUUAUUUAGCAGUAUCGUAUUUUACAUUUUUUUUGUAGGUACACAUUUUCAGUUCUUAGAACUAUAUUUUUUCAUGCAUUCACACUAUGUAUAAUCAUUUUAGUUUAGGAGAUAUAUUAACAGAUAUAGUAACAUUCGGGACAAGAUAGCUUGGAUCGGAAGAAAUGUAUUAAGCUAUGAGCGCUGUUAACUUUUAAAUUAUUUCUCAUAACAGUUAGGAACACAUUUUUUCAAUAUUGAUUACGCAAGUUAAUAGCCUGCUGUACCUACGAGGGUGCUUUCCUAAUUAUGGAUGAGGCGAGAUAUUAUAAUCUAAUAUUGUGUGUCUCAUCUUGCCAUAAUUUUAAGCCGCUUUGUGCCCGCACACUAGCGCCACCAUCACAUUUUUACCAAUUGGCUUUAUUUCUUGGUGAAAAGUAAAAAAAACAUUUUAACGUAUUAUGCCACACUGGAUAAAUAAUUUUAGUAGAAUGUAUUUUGUAUAAUAUAUUUUAGUCACAUUUGAUUAAACGGAUUUUAGUGGCCACCGUUUUCGUUAGUCAAGUGCGACUACAUUAAGUAAUAUUUUUUUUAGUUUUCGCUAAAUGUGAGGUGGCGGUGUGCUGGUGCAAAGUACCUUAAGUUCUCAGUAUUAAGGAAAAACAAAUCCUUGGAUAGAAUUUAUCUUCGACAUCCACCUAUCCACUUGUUCGAAAAAUAACCAUUUGUCUCUCGUAUAUUAAUUGUUGUUUGUUAUUAUUUUAGAUAGAAGCAACAAGCUUUUUAUUUGCCUUGCCUUCUUUUUUAUUUAUCGACUUCAUAACGUUAUUUUAUUAAUCGAAUUACCCCCUUUAAUUAUGCAGUCCUGGCUUGUUGCCUGUCAUGGCAUUAACUCGGUAUCGGUAUUAUGGACAUAGUGUUGACGCUAAUGCUUACUGUUACUAGUCUACGUCUAAUACUCAAAAAUGGUAUUUUCUCUGUGUUGUAUGCUUACAAACCAUACUAUGUGUUAUCUGACUUAAUAAAUUGGUAGAUAUUCUGAGUUUAUAUUUUCCGAACAAUCUUUCAAAAUGUUACCUCUGCUUCGGUUUAUUUAAAUAUAUUCUGGUAAAAAAAUAAAUUUAUAUGACGUAAUUUAUGGAUAGACUUAUAGGUAUCUAUUUGCAUGUAUGUCUCUUCUAUUGAUGUUUCAAUCUCACUGUGAUUUUGAAUUAUUAUUGUUUGGUGUAAAUAUAAAUUAUAUUGAGUUUCA